AGCAGGUGGAAGAUUUUCUAUUGAAAUGCGAUGUCCAUAAAGAUGAAAACCUUGAAUUGUUUUGUGAUAAUCACAUUGAGCUGUGCUGCACAAACUGUGCAAUUCUUAAUCACAGUUCAUAUGAUGAGCAGUUACACAAGAUACAGAACACUCGCAGAGAAAUAAAUGCAGCCCUAGACACUAUUGAACAGAAGACACGAAAGGAAAUGUUAGAUACUCUAACCAAACUGCAGUCUUCUACCAAAAGUGAAGCUGAUAAAUGCAUCAGGCUUAGGGAUGAAUUGAAACAACUUCGAGACGCUACACAGGACAUAAGUGAUAAAAGCAAGCAGGAGUUAUGCUUUAUUGCCACCAGAAAAUGCGAGAAAAUAAUAAAACAAUCUAAAACUUUUUUGAAAAGCACUCUUCGGGAUCAAUUUUAUAUAUCAUUCCAGCCUAACAGUGAAAUUGUACAGUACUUGACAACACUGUUAGGUCUUGGAAUGAUUGAACACAGUACCCAGAUUGAACGAAUGAUGGUACAGAACAAGGAUCCAAACAAGGUUAUCACUGUGCAGGGCAAGUCUGAACACAAUGUGAAAAUAUCAGGUGAUUCAUGGGAAUGCGAUAUCACAGCAAUCCUUUUUCUCCCAGCCAAACAGAUCCUGGUUGCAAACUACAUGAAUAAGAAAGUCAAGCAUCUUGACCAGCAGUACCAGGUGGUGAGUCACUGUAGUGUGACUAGCUAUCCACUGGCCCUGUGUGAUAUAACACCCAGUGAAGUGGCUGUUACUGUGAAUGACCCUGCUAAGAACAUACAUGAGGUCCAGUUCAUCACAGUCAACAACAGACAGCUGGUAAUAGGAAGAAAGCUUCAGUUACAACAUGCCUGUGUUGGUAUUGCCUUCCACCAGGGAGACAUGUAUAUUACUGCUAUGACUGCACUGUACAAGUAUACACUGAAUGGGAAACUUGUCAGCAAGAUGUAUGAGGAUACAUCAGACAGUGAUACAGUAUUCAAGUGUGCUGUGAGUCCCACAGGGGACAAGUUUUACAUCAGUAAUAACUCCCAGCACAAGCUCCUCACUCUGGCCAGGGAUGGUUCAGUCCUGGCCACAUUCACUGACCAUGCACUACAACACCCAACAGGUCUUCAUGUGACACCUGCAGGCCAAGUGCUGGUCAGUGGAUAUGGGUCCAACACUAUCCUACAAGUAGAUAGUGAGGGCAAGAGAAAGCUGGCUAAUCUUGCUACGAAGGAUGGAGCGGUGAAACCAUGGUCAGUCUGCUACAACAUACACACUGCCUCCAUCAUUGUGGGAUUAUACAACAAGAGUAGUAUCAUCGUGUUCAAAGUGGGAUAGUGUAAUUUAACAUGUAUCUUGAUUGAUGAUUCAGAGGAUUUAAUUUGUCAUGUGAUUGUGUUGUUGUGUGUAAGAACAUUUUGUUAUGAUAAUAAAAACUUGUUAGUGUUUUUGCAGGUGCAUUUAUUUUAUAAACAAAUCAUGUCAUAAGUUCAACGAAUUUUCUGUGAACAUUAGAAUUGAUAUAGGGUGUAUUAUAGUGUUACAUCAAUAACAAUUGUUUUUGUUUUUCUCAUUGACUUUACAAGUCAACAUAAACUGCAAAUGAAAAUGCAGAAAGAGUUUUAGAUCAGAAUAUAAUGUCUGUCAUUUUUACCUAACAUCAACAUUACACUGUAACUAUAUUUAUCAUACCGCUGCAUUGAUAUCUGCCUGACAUAACACUCCUUGAUAUAUAUUUUUUAUAUCAUUUAAACAGAUUGUUCUUAUAUCAGUCGAUGAAAGGAGAAAUGUCAUAUUACUCGAAGUCAACUAAAAAGUAAUAUUUUUUAGUAAAAUCGAAUCAGAUUCAACAAAACAAACAAUUUGAUACCAAUAUGUUAUAUAUUCUAAACACAAAAUGCACCAAAAACAGCAAAAACUUAUGUUACAAAUAUUAAGCGCAAGAGCUCAUGACGUCAUUAUUAACACAUCAAACAACAAAAAUCAUAGUCUUUCCCGCUAAAAAUGAAGCUUUUUAGCGAUAUUUUCAUUAUUUCUUUAAACUCGGGAUGUAGAGGUAUGAUAAACAGAAAAACAGGUUAUUGCCUGAUGUUUUUGUAAUAUAUCAGGAUCGGCACGAAUAAAAUAAUGGUUCGGCAAGCCUCGCCGUUAUAUUAUUCUAAGCCUCGCCUGAUAUAUUACAAAAAGAUCAGGCAGUUACCUGUUAUUCUCUCUCUCUAUAUAUAUGUAGACAUAUAGGCUAGAAUUGCUUAAACAUACAUAAACAUGUAUUGAAGAUGAAUUAAAUUGUUUGUAUCUUUGAUUUUGAAGCAUGAUGAAUACAGUGGAAACCCAAUUGCUUCGAACUUCCGUUUGGCUUGAAAUCUCCUUGAAGCCCAGAUUUUCUAUUGCUAUAAAUUCAUUUAUUAUAUGGUUUUUG